AUGCACCUCCCACUACCAUCCUUCCUUCUCCUUCUCUCAUCCCUCCUACUCACCACCACAACCACAUCCCAAAUCCCCUCCCCAGGAGACCGCAUCACUAUCCCAACCUGGCACAUCCAACCCACCAACACCAACUCCACUCCAAACCCACUCAACCUCACAACCACAACCCCCCACUCCACAAUCUUCGCCGCCCUCCUCCACCCCCGAAACCAACCGAACCCCAUCCUCCCCUACAACGAAUCCACCCUCUUCCACAGCACCACCCUCUCCCUCAUCCCCACAACACCCUUCCAAUCCCCCUGGCUCUACACCACCUCUCUUACCCUCUCUCCCCCGCUUUCCCACGAAGACAUUCUCCUAACAACGCACGGCAUCUCCUCCCGCGGAGACAUCUUCAUCAACGGACACCAAAUAGCCUCUAUAUCCGGAGCAUACAACGGCCAGGAAUAUGAUAUUUCUAGCCGAGUGAAAGAUGGAGAAAAUGUGAUUAGUGUGAGGGUGUAUCCGGUGGAUUAUAUGAGGGAUUUCGGGGUGGGUUGGGCGGAUUGGAAUCCUCCUCCGCCGGAUAAUGGGAUGGGGGUUUGGAGAGGGGUGGAGGUUAGGAGGGUAAAUGGGGUGGGAAUGGGGAGGGUGAGGGUUGUUGUUGUCGGGGAUGUUGAUGUUUAUGGGGAGGGGGAUGUGAAGGUGAAGGUUAAGGUUGAUGUGAGGAAUUGGAGGGAUGAGAGUGUUAGGGGGGUGUUUAUGGGGAGGGUCUUUCAUGAUGAUACUAACGAUAAAGGAGUGGAGUUUGCACAGCUAGUAACUCUACAAGGAGGAGAAACCACCACCGUCGAAGCAGCAGUUACUAUCCCAAAUGCCAAGCUAUGGUGGCCUGCUUCCUGGGGAAGACAGGAUAUGUAUACCGUGCUUGCGAAUUUCACCCUCAGUGAUGGGAAGUUAUCUGAUCGCGCGGAGUGCUCAUUCGGGAUUCGCUCUGUCACUGCCACGCUAACUGAAUAUGGCAAUGAAAAAGAUAUCUCAUUCAAAGUCAACGGAUACCCCUUCCAUGUGCGAGGGGCUGGAUACAGCCCCGACAUACUCCUCCGGUUUGAUAUCGAUCGUGUGCGCACACUCUUCCAAGCUGUGCUGGAUAUGGGACUCAACACGAUCCGACUAGAAGGCAAGCUCGAACACCCACAGUUCUAUGAUCUGGCUGAUCGCAUGGGGGUCAUGGUGCUGGCGGGGUGGGAGUGUUGCGAUAAGUGGGAGGCGUGGGAGUACAACACCGACCUCGAAAGACACUACCCCUGGACAACCAACGACUACCUAACCGCCUCCUCAAGUCUCACCCACGAAUCUCUAACCCUGCAACCCCACCCCUCCAUCCUCGCCUUCCUCCUCGGCUCCGACUACCCCCCCAACACCCGCGCCAACACCCUCUACACCACCGCCCUGAACCACUCCGACUGGCCUAACCCCAUCAUAUCCUCCGCCUCCUCCCGAAUCCACCCAUCGGGAAUGAAAAUGCUCGGCCCAUACGACUGGGUGCCCCCUAACUACUGGUACUCCGAGCAGUUCGGCGCAGCAUUCGGCUUCGGCUCAGAGCAGGGUGCAGGCGUAGGGACGCCCGAACUCCCCAGCCUCCGACGAUUCCUCUCUCCCCAGGAACUGGAUACGUUGUGGAAAGAGAAAUAUGCAGGGAUGUACCAUAUGUCUCCCUCCGGAUCGCAGUUCCAUACAAGGGGUGUGUAUAAUGCUGCGCUGUGGGAGAGGUAUGGUAAGCCAACUUCGUUGGAGGAGUAUGUGUUUCUGGCGCAGGUGAUGGAUUAUGAGGCGACGAGGGCGGAGUUCGAGGCGUUUGCUAUACGGCAGAAUAGAUCUGGUAGGGCUGCGACGGGGGUAGUGUACUGGAUGUUGAAUAGUGCGUGGCCGAGUUUACAUUGGCAACUCAUUGACUUCUAUUUGAAGAGGGGAGGGGGGUAUUAUGGAGUGAAGGUGGGAGGGGAUCAUGUUGCGGUUGAUUACUCGAAUGGGGAUAUCUAUAUCAUAAAUCAUGGGAUUGAGGGGAAAGAAGGGAGGGUGGUGGUGGUUGAUGUGGUAAGAAGUGUGGAGAUGGGUCCGACGAUGUCGAAGAAAGUCACCUCUAUCAUCCCUUGGGUUGGAAAUGGAGGAUGGGAUGGGGUGGUUUUUCUUAGAUUAGUUUUGAAGAAUGAUGGGGGAGAAGUGCUGAGUAGGAAUGUGUAUAUUCUGCCUUCUCAACUUGAUGUUCUGAGCUGGGAUGAGUCGACGUGGUAUACCACGCCUGUGAGUUCUUAUGCGAAUUUCACGUCCUUGGUGGGAUUGCCGAGGGUAGAGGUGGUUGUCACUGGGGAGAUGGGUGAUGGCGGAGGGUUGAAGGUCACGCUGGAGAAUCGGGAUAAGGUACCGGCGUGGUUUGUGAGGAUCGCGAUGGUGGAUGAUGCUGAUGAGGAGGUGGAUGUGUGGUGGGGGGAUAAUUAUGUGAGUGUGUUGGGGGGAGAGAAGGUGGUUGUGAGUGGGAGGGUGGAUGGAAGGGGGGGAAAUGUGGUGAGGAGGGGAUGCUAUAUUUCUUAA